AUGAAUUUCCAGGCAAAGCCUUCUACUUCCACUACGGGUGCUGCCUAUCCAUAUCAAUCAUAAACCUUUGGAUUUGUAACUUUAGAUUUUAUUGAUUGGUAUCAGGUGAGGUGAUGGACCAAUCAAGUUCAACUCAUCACCCAUGUUUUUAGUCUCUCUUCCUGCUCCUUUCCUUGCUUAUAUAUUAUAUAUAUGAAACACUAGCUGUUGUGUUCAUUGAAGUUUUAUCAUAUAGAAUGGGAUAUGGAGAGCUUAUUAUACGAAGCUACGACCCCCAAUAUGAUAGAACUCGAGUUGAAGAUUUCGAGAGAAAAUGUGAGGUAGGCCCAGCUAAGAGAGUGUUUCUCUUCACUGACACUUUGGGUGAUCCCAUUUGUAGGAUCCGAAACAGUCCCAUUUACAAAAUGCUGGUAGCCGAGCUGGGCAACCAGUUGGUUGGUGUCAUCCAGGGCUCUAUAAAGCUUGUAACAGUUCAUAAACCUCCUAAUGAUCUAGCCAAGGUGGGCUAUAUCUUGGGUUUAAGGGUUUCAUCCCUUUAUCGUAGACGAGGGAUUGGUUCGAGCCUGGUUAUCAAAUUGGAAGAAUGGUUCAUUGCAAAUGACGUUGAUUACGCAUACAUGGCGACAGAGAAAGAUAACAAGGCCUCGGUCAAGCUGUUCGUAGACAGGCUCAGUUAUGUCAAGUUCCAGACACCAACCAUUCUCGUAAACCCUGUCAGCCAUCGGAUGUCCCGGAUAUCAUCCAAUGUUGAAUUAGCAAAGCUCAAGGUUGAAGAAGCUGAAGCUAUAUACCGUAAAUUCAUGUCGUCGACGGAAUUCUUCCCGAUUGAUAUAGGCAACAUACUGAGGAACAAGCUAAGCUUGGGAACCUGGGCUGCAUAUCCUAGAGGUGAAUCAUGGAGUGGAGUUCCUAGUAGUUGGGCAAUGCUUAGUGUAUGGAACAGUGGGGAGCUUUUCAAGUUGAGGUUAGGGAAUGCACCCUUAUCUUGUUUGAUGUACACCAAGAGCUCACGGUUGAUCGAAAAGCUUGUACCUUGCGUUAAGCUGCCAUGCAUUCCCGAUUUUUUUCGUCCAUUCGGGUUCUACUUCAUAUAUGGAGUGUACCGUGAAGGUCCAUUGUCAGGCAAGCUGGUGCGGACCCUGUGCCGAUUCGUGCAUAACAUGGCUUCAAAGUCCAAGGAUUGUAAGGUUAUCGUUACAGAAGUAGGAGGUAGCGACACGUCGAGACUUCACAUCCCGCACUGGAAGUCACUGUCAUGUCCAGAAGAUUUGUGGUGCAUAAAAGCCUUAAAAAAUGAAAAGAAGAAUAGCCUCCAUGAAUUGACAAAAACCCCACCAACAAGAGCUCUUUUUGUUGAUCCAAGAGAGGUCUGAAACAAAAGCAAAAACCCUGACCAAGGUGAGAGCUAAAAUCAAAACCCCACCUCAUGUAUUCUUUGACAAAUCCAAUCCAUGUCUAUGGUGGGGGCUUUCUCUUGUUCCUUUCGCAUCGCUCACACUGAAUCUCGCAAGAUUUCCUUAAUUAGGUGCCACCCUCGGUGUUGUAAGUUGUAACUCUUUUUUUCUUUUGCACCUCAGUGGUCCAAACCUUCGUUCCUCCUUAGGUAAAAUAUAUCGAGGGGAUUCACAUUAUCAUGAAAGAAAGUAAAAAUACUAUACACGUUUCAAGCAAAAGCUUUCCUACUCAAA